CAAUGUUAUAGCAGCGGCGGCAGCGUGUCCUCUGUCACUCCGGGACUUGCGCUUGUCCAUAAGGUCUUCACUUCUCAUGGAGCCCCUGAAGUUAUCACGCCUUCUCUAUCGGGCCAAAGUGUGGUUUUCUCAUCACAGUUUAAGUUCCAGCAUCUCACACGCUCAGAGGGCCAACGCCAGGAAAGAAGAGUUCAGAUCCAGAGUGGCUGCGGGGCCACACCUUAAAGACUUUGUCAGCCCCGUCCCAGCCAGUGCUGCUCCUUCAUCUAUGGAAGAGGAUGAUGAUGAUGAUGAUCCUCAUUAUAUCACAGAGAGUCCCUCAACGAUAUACAACAAAGUUUACUUUGAGACCUAUGGAUGUCAGAUGAAUGUGAAUGAUACAGAAAUUGCCUGGUCUAUAUUACAGAAGAGUGGAUAUGUCAGAGUUAAUUCCGCUACAGAGGCAGAUGUCAUACUUUUGGUGACUUGUUCUAUCAGAGAGAAGGCAGAACAGACUAUUUGGAACCGUCUAAAACAACUUGGUUUCAUGAAAAGGAAGCGGUGCAAUUCCCAAGGUCCCAUGAGGAUUGGUAUAUUGGGUUGUAUGGCCGAGAGGUUGAAAGAGGAGAUCCUACAGAGGGAGAAGCUGGUGGAUAUAUUGGCUGGGCCGGAUGCAUAUCGGGAUUUACCAAGACUCCUGUCUGUAGCAGAGACUGGUCAGCAAGCAGCUAACGUGCUUCUGUCUCUAGAUGAGACCUAUGCUGAUGUCAUGCCAGUUCAGACCUCUUCCAACAGCGUUUCGUCCUUUGUAUCCAUCAUGCGUGGUUGUAAUAACAUGUGCACAUACUGCAUUGUACCGUUCACACGUGGGAGAGAGAGGAGUCGUCCCGUCCACUCCAUUUUAGAGGAAGUCCGAAUGCUCUCCAGCCAGAGAACGAGCACAUUUCUAUUUCGUGACCGCAGAGUUAAUCCAGCGUGGAAGCAGGCAAACAUAGGCUUGGAGGACAUCGGCUCUUCAAUUGUACGGAGCGGUGCCCAGAGCCAUAUAGACCGGUGGCGGAGGCAACCUGAGAACGAGCAUUUGGUGACACAGAGAACUGGAAUCACAGCAGUGAAAUCUACAUCAGCAAUCACCGAACAGUGA